CUUUGGCCAACGAGAAAACUGUCAGUGGGUCAUCAUGGCGUUAGGAAGGUUCUCGUACGUCACGCUGGAUGCGACAGGCACGUUGCUACGCCCCAAGCACAGUGUGGCCGCGGUGUACGUCGACUUCUUCAUGUCCAUCAUGCCGCCACUGGUCAUCCCGAUUCCAAGAGAUGUUGUCUCGGUCAAGGACUUUGGUCGCUCGUUCAAGUCCGAAAUGACCAGGGCCCCAAACUUUGGCUUAGACGCCCACUCGGCAAAGCCAUGGUGGGGUCGAGUCAUCGUCGAUGCAUUUCCUUCCAACAUGCAAGCGCACAUGCAAGCACAUCCGAAGCACGCCACACAGUUGAUUGAUGCGCUCUAUGAGCAUUAUGGUCAAGGCGCAGCGUGGGAGGUGUUUGCUGACGUUAGGCCGACGCUGAAUGCAUUGAAAGAGGCAAAUGUAUCGGUCGGCAUCGUGUCCAACUUCGACGACAGACUGCACGGUAUUGUGCGUGACCUCGAGCUCGCCUCAGCAGUUGACUUUGUGCUCACGUCGUGGGAGCACCAGUCCAUGAAGCCGCACCCGUCCAUCUUUCACGAGGCUGCAAGACGAUUGCACUGCCGGCCACACGAGUUGCUGCAUGUUGGCGACGACCCGACCAACGACUACUGCGGGUCUGUGGCUGCCGGCUGCUCUGCUCGCCUCUUGUGUCGAAACAACAACGGGACAGUAGAUCCUUCUGUUCCCAUCGAGCACGUCGUGACAUCGCUGCUGGAUAUUGUACCUUCAAAGGAACGAGGUCGUCAGACGAUUGCUUUCCACACAAUACUGUCACAACAUGCAAGUCGAAAGAGGCGAGUGUGAAGGCGAUUCGUGCCUUUCUUUCACCAUUGCGCGUCACACAAGUCUUGUCGUAGUCCAAGCGAGUUUGAACACUAAUGAACUGGCACUUCAAAGCAUCACCUAUUUGAUUCAGUUUUCUGACUUCUCCACUGACGUCCAUGUGUGUUUGGUACGCGUCAGACAGCGGACGCAAUGCUCUUGGCCUCACAAGUCUAACCUGAAGGAUCAUGCUACAUAAAAU